UUUUUCAAAUGCUUGAUUAACAUAUUUAUAUACAUGAUCAAAAAAAUUCAUCAUCUUUUUAGUAUAUGGUCAACAUUUUUUAUUUACACAUUUAACAUUUUUCAAAUGCUUUAUCACCAUUUUUCGACUACUUAUUCAACAUUUUUUCAAAUACUUUAUUAACAUGUUAUAUACAUGCUCGAAAAAAUUCACAUUUAACCAAUUCACAAUUAAUACAUGGUCAACAUUUUUCCUAUGCACAUUUAACAUUUUUCGAAUGUUUAUCAACAUUUUUCAAAUACUUGUUCAAAAAAAUCAAAUGCAUGAUUAACAUUUUUUAAUACAUGAUCAAAUUUUUAUACAUGUUUUUUAUAAAUUUUUCGUAUACGUGAUAAACCUUUUUUCUAUACACAUUAAACAUUUUUCAAAUACUUUUAGAAUAUUUGAAAGUAUAAACAAAAUUGAAAAAAUAAAGCAAGACAAUGAAACAGAAAACGUAAAAAUACAGAAAAAGGAGGGUGUUGCCUCCCGCGCUAUUAAUAUAUUCCCCUUUAAAAAAAAAUUGACGUGCAUGCUUCCACAUCAUCUAAAUUGUUGCAGCCAUUAGAUUUACUAACUUGAUCCAUUGACAUCCGUCGGAUAUAUGCAUGAGCAUCCUCUAUCACACGGCAUGCAUUAGUACAUUUUAAGUGGCUUUAGACUACACUGCAUUUCAUUGUGACAUUGCUUAUGAAGAAUUCUUUUCACAUAGUUUAGAUCGUAAGGACUGAAUUAGUAUUCUACACAAUAUUCAGAAACUAUAUAUCUAAUUCCGUGGCAACCGGGUAGGCAUUGUCUAGUUCAUAUAGAAGUAGAAAAACCUAGUAGUAUAAAGAAAACGCUGGCCAAUUGCUCACAGUUGAGCUCGUGGGUUGUAUAUUACAGUGCACAGAGACCUAUUGAUCAGCCACCGGUCCAUCAGCUACAUCAUCACUUUCUGACAGGGAACUAUGCAUGUAAUGCAGGUCAUUUUCAACAACUUAAAAGAACCUUCUGCAUUACUACUAGCCUGCUAUUCUCUCCGGACGGAGGGAGUGUUAAUGCAGGUUCCUCUUUCCCCCAGAGGAUAUGAUAUGAUAUUUGCAGCUCAUCAUAGUGUGCCAACAACCACUCCAGAGGAACCACCUUACAACCUCUCGUUCCUGAAGCGAGGGGAGCAAGCGAAUAAUCCUUCUCUUUUCCACGAGAGGUUCGAUCGAGUGGUGGCCGGCGAUGUCGGCGGGUGAGGGGAAGAGGACGGCGUGCGUCACCGGAGGGAGCGGUUACAUCGCCUCAGCGCUCAUCAAGCUGCUGCUCCAGAAAGGCUACGCUGUCAAGACCACCGUCAGAGACCCCGAUGACAUGGAGAAGAAUUCCCACCUCAAGGACUUGCAAGCGCUUGGCCCCUUGGAGAUCAUCGGCGCCCGGCUGGACGAAGAAGGCAGCUUCGACGACGCAGUUUCCGGCUGCGACUACGCCUUCCUCGUCGCCGCUCCGAUGAACAUCGGUUCAG